AUGGUCGCGCAGCUUUCAAUUGUGAUGAAUGGGGGCCGCGCGCCCAACUGCGCCUUUAACAACAACACCGUUUUCUUGCAGCAUGACAAGCGCGCCGAUAACAACUGCGCCCUACGGCCCAGGGCCGUCGCCGCCGCCCCAAAGACCGGCACUGCGCCACCAUCCAGUCGGCACCGCGCCGUUGGAUCCAUUGUGGCAUAUGUCGCCGGUCGUGCCACCGAUCGAAUAGAAACAAAAGAUUGGCUUUGGCCGGCCGGCCAGGUAGCCAACGCGUGGUGGUCGGCGGUCGGCCGACACCUAGUCCGUGGUGCUUCGCUGUCGACAGUAUGGCAGACAAUGAACCGCACCGAGACUCUACUUCUCAGCUGGGUCACUCUCUGGGGCGGACGUCUCUUCUACCGCGUCGCCGAGCGCUCCUUGAAGCGUGACCACGACGAGCCAAGAUACGAAGCUGCCAGGAAGGAUUCGGGAUUCUGGAACAAGGCCUUGUUCAGUGUGUACCUACCUGAGGCCUUAUUCCAGACCAUCAUCGCGCUACCUUUUACCAUUCCCUUCCGACACCAAGGCAUUGGCACGUUGUUGGCGGCGUCCCCUGAAUGGGUCAAUGCAGCGGCAGUGGGACUCUUCAGCGCGGGUUUCGCGCUUGAAGUCUCGGCCGACCGGCAAUUGAGCCAAUUCAAGGAGACUCAUGCAAAUGGUGAAAACACGAUGUGCAAGGACGGAGUAUGGAGCAUCGUGAGGCACCCGAAUUACCUGGGCGACACUUUAAUCCACUUCUCUUUCCCCCUCUUGCUGUACGCAACUGGUAUGCUGUCUCCCGUCGAGCUGUUCGGACCACUGGCAAACUAUGUUUUCCUACGGUACGUUGGAGGUGACAAAGAAAACGAGGAGAGCCAAGAGGAUCGCUACCUCAGAGAAGCACCUGAGAAGAAGGUAGACCUCGAACGUUAUCGCCAGCAGAAGAACUCUUUCUGGCCUGGCAUUAGAGAGGUCAACAACAAGUGGACUUGGGUUGUGGUCGGAUGCGGUGUGGCUGGUGCUGCCAUCGAGAAGUUCAGUCGGGUGCUGGUGUAA